AUGAAACAAGGGCUUGAGCUUUAUGAGGAGCAAAGGCAAUUUGUGAAGGAUGCCAGGAGUGUUAUUGAUGAUGGAGGAGUUGGAGUGUUUUCGAGCCCUACAGGCACAGGAAAGACAAGGUCGCUGCUUGUAGCGGUGUCUGAGUAUGUGGAUAAUAUUGAGAGAUAUGGAAAGAGCACAGAAGAUGUGUACAUGGAUGCAAGAAAUAGGAUGUUGGAAAAGGCAUUGUUGCAUGAAUCAUCAGGUGCAAAGGUAUUAUAUUGUACUCGAACGCAUAAACAGCUUAUGCAGGCAAUCAAAGAAGCCAAGACAAUUGGUCUAGAGUGCAAUUCAGUUGUUCUUGGGUCAAGAAGAGUUUACUGCGUCAAUCCAGAUGUUAAUGAACUGAGUUCUAUUGAGAUGAUGAAUGAAAAGUGCAAGCAACUGAUUAGUACGAAUGGAUGUGUGUUUUAUGAUGGAUCUGGAAAUCUCAAUGGAUGCGGAGCAAUUGAUAUUGAAGAGAUGAUUGUGAUGGGAAAGAAACAGAGGUUCUGCCCAUACUAUGCAUCUAAACGAUACAGUAUGCAAUGUGAAAUUGUUUUUCUACCGUAUCAGCUGUUAUUUACAAGAGAAGGGAGAAGAAGUGUAGACAUCAAUGUUGCAGACAAGGUUGUGAUUGUUGACGAGGCGCAUAAUAUUUGUGAUGCAGUUGCUGAGAUGAACAGUGCAUGUGUGUAUUUUGAUGCUAUUUUAGAAUGUAUUUCUGUGUUUGGAGUUUAUAAGCAAAGAUGGCCAGGUAAGAGCCGACAUAGUGAUGUGGCAAACAAGGUGAAUGGUAUUCUUGUAAAGAUAGCAGGAUUCCGAUCGAAAUAUCGAAGAUUAGACGCAGAUGAAGAUGUUGCACUGGGAGUGUCUGAGUUUCUGAUCAUGGCAGGAAUUGAAGAAGUCAAUAUGCUUGAGGUUGAGGAGGAUCUUAUGGAUGCAGGAGUGAUAAAGCGAAUUGAGAUGAUUAAGAAAAAGGCAGGCGUCUAUGCAAUUGAAAUAUCUAAACUUCUGAGAUUGCUUACGAUGAGCGAUGUAAAUGGAAGGAUAUUCUACAGCACAAGACGAAUCAGGUUUGUACCGAUUGAUCCAUCGAUAUACUUUGAAGGAGUAUCUGGAUGUAAGGCGCUUCUGCUUGCAGGAGGAACAAUGGAACCUAUUGAGCAGCUACAGAGAAUAUUUGGUGGUGUGAAUAAUAACAAUAUACAAAAGCUUGGAAACAAUGAAUGUGAGCAUUAUCUGAGCAAUAAUUAUAGUGCAUUUAAUUCAAGCAUGAAAUACUUCUCUUACAAAAGCAUUUGUGAGGACUUUCUACCACUUAUAGUGUGCACAGGGCCAUCAGGAAAGAAUAUGAUUGUUAAUUAUGAAACAAGAGAAAACCAUGAAUGUGUGAAGGAUGUUGUGCAGUCUAUACUGAAUCUGUCGAAUGCAGUACGAGAAGGCGGGAUAGUGUGUUUUGUGCCAUCAAAAGCAUAUCUUGAGGUCCUAAAACAUAAAAUUGGUGAUAAAAUUGGUGCAAAGCGAGUGUUUUAUGAAUAUGACGAGUGUGUAUUUGAUUUAUAUACGCAUGAAGUAAGAAAGUGUUCGUGCAUACUGCUGGCAGUUGUUGGUGGAGGAUUGAGUGAAGGUAUUAACUUCAAUGACGAGCUGUGCAGAAUGGUUGUUGUGAUUGGCGUUCCUUAUCCUGUCAUGAAUGCAGAAAUGAAGGAACGAGCUUUAUUUUAUGGAACAAAGCACAUAUCACAUGUUGCAAUGAAAGCAGUGAACCAGGCACUUGGAAGAGCCUUGAGACAUAAGAAUGAUUAUGCAGUGCUUGUGUUGCUGGACAAAAGAUACAUCGAACUGUCUUAUAUGAUAAGUCCAUGGAUAAAGCAGAAGAUUAUUAAGUGUGAUUUCAGGCAUGCACUUGUGAAUGCAUAUCAGUUUCUUCGCAAACAACGAUAA